AUGUCGCCUGAUGAGCUCGACGCCCUGCUCGCGGCGCCGGCUCUCGCACCACCACCCGGGGUCUCGCCCAAUUUCGACAAUCCUUCCCGCCACAAUGACUAUGCUUGGGGUAUCACAACGGUUUGUAUGGUCAUCGCGACUCUGUGCCUCUUUCUACGCUGGUACGUCCGGAUCUGGCUGGAUCGGAGAGUGCGCAUUGAAGAUGUUUUGACAAUUGGCGCAUAUGGAGCCUAUUGGGGUACUGCGUACGCUGCCUAUGGGAUGAUUUAUACUCCUGGCUACUACGUCCACACAUGGGACCUUCGUAACCGAGACCUUAUCCGACCGCUCUAUCUCAUCUUAGUGUAUGGCUGUUGCUACUCCGCAACCCUUCCCCUGAUUAAGACGGCCAUUUUGAUGGACUGGUGCCGGGUAUUUGUCUCCGUUAACCGAUCGAAGAGCUUCUUCUGGUGGGGAUGCAUGGCUGUGUCAUUCGUUCAAUGCCUGUGGGGGCUCCUAUGUAUUGUCCUGCUCAAUAUGCAAUGUCGCCCGCACCGAGCCAUCUGGGAAUUCUAUCUUCCGAGUAAAUGCUACUCGCUCCCAAACGUAAUGCUCUGCUCCGCGAGUGUGCAAGUCAUCUCCGACAUAUGUAUGUUCUUGCUGCCGCAGAAGAUGAUAUGGAGCCUCCAUAUGAACUGGCAGAAGAAGAUGGGAAUUUCAAUCAUUUUUGGUGUCGGGAUUCUCGCCUCAAUUGCAGCCUGCUUCCGCCUAGCCCACACCGUCACCUUCGCCAACUCAACCGACAGCAUGUACUUCAUUGGGCCACUUCUAUUCUGGGCCUGCGCCGAGAUGACUUGCGGUUUCUUCAUCUUCAGCGUGCCCUGCCUAUCGAAGCUCGCCAUGGAGUCUGGGCUCCGAAGCAGAUUGUCCAGUGCUCUCGGCCUCAGCGGCAAGUCCAUCAGCGGUCCUUCUAACCAGGGCGGAAACUCCAAUUCUGGGCCUCGCUCCAAGCCCAAGCCGAAGCCAUGGACGAUGUCGGAAACGAAGUACUCAAGGAUUGAGGAGGGCAGUGUGAUCCCACUAACAAACGUUUCAGUAUCGCAGAAUGAUCCGGGCGAGGGGCGCCUUUCACGCGAUGGGAACAAGUCUCCAAUUGGGGUGAUCCGGACAAUGGAUGUCGACGUCAGGUCUACCGAUGGCUCUGGUGUUAAGCUCCAGGAUCACCGCGUACCUUGGGAGUAUUGA